AUGUCACCCCCAGAGCUAGAGGCUUCGUCGCCCAUCACCAAGGCCGACGUGGUCUUCACCGAAGCCACCCCCGAACAGCGCAUCCUCUGUUGGGAGCUCAACGGCGCCUCGUGGGCCCCGCCCAUGACCAUCGCACAAUACGUCGGGCGCGAGACGGCCCUCUCCGAAACGGCCCUCUCCACCAACGGCGGCACCAAAUACUUCGUGCUGCACCCCCAGAACGACGCCACCACCAUCGUCUCCGCCUGCGAAGUCACCGCCAAACGCGCCCUCGUCACUGACAACAACACCAACACAGCCCGCGAGGUCGCCGCGUACUCCAUCGCCAGCGUGUUCACCAACCCGCGCUUCCGCGAGCACGGCAUGGCCAGCCACAUGCUGCGCCAAGUGCAGGAGGUCGUCGACCGGACCAGCGAGUGUGGCGCGCUGUACAGCGACAUCGGCCGCGUCUACUACACACGCCUCGGGUGGAAGGACUUUCGCAGCCCGCAGGUGCUGCUAACCGUUUCUGAGGAUUUAUCUGUUUUCUUUUCUCCUGGGGUGGUGCUCUUGACUGCGGAUGGGGUCGCGACGUUGUGCGAGCAGGAUGUGGAGGCCAUUAAACGCCGGUUCCAGCGGCUGGCGGCGUCGGGGGAUGGGAAGACGCAUGUUGCGUUUUUACCGACGGCAGAACAGAUGGCCUGGCAUUUUACGCGGGAUGGGUAUGUGUGCAAGACGCUGUUGGGGAGGGAGGUGGUGCAUCGUGGGGCGAAGACGGAGGAUGGAGCGAGCUGGAUCUACUGGGACCAUGACCUGCGCGAGAAGAAGUUGAAGGUGCUCAGGGUUGUUACGCGGGAGGAGGAUGGGGGGGAGAAGCAACGGGGGGAUGUGAAGAAGCUGUUGAUGGCGGCGCUGGCGGAGGCUAGGGAGUGGGGGUUGCCGAAGGUGUUGGUUUGGAACCCUACCACUAAGGUGGCGGAGGUGACGACUGGAAUUUGGAAGGAUUUGGGCCCCAAGGUGCAAGUCACUUUUGAGGAACGGGAGGACGGUUCGAUUCCCAGCUUGAGGUGGAAGGGCGACAAAGGGUUGGAGGAGGUUGUGUGGGAGAGCAACGAAUAUUAUGCUUGGUGCUAG